UACAUUUGUAACUUUGAUGAAAGCAAGGAGCAAAAGCCCUGCUGUUCUCCUCUCUCCACCCCUUAGGAGACAGGGACAACACCGUGCCUACUCCAACGUCUCUGAGAGGCUGUCUUGCUUGACUAUCCAGGAGCCCAGUGUCAGCCAUCUCUACGAGAUUCUCUCUCCUGGAGAAAGAAGAUCCUACCUGCUUGAUGACUCUUUAUCCAAUUCCAUCCAGCAAGAGUCCCUGGCUGUCCCCAUGGGACUCGAGGACGGUGCCUGCAGUGGUCAGCGAACCUCCCAGCAGAAGCAGCAGCAGCAAGGGCCUGUCCCUGAGGAUCUGGACAAGGAGGAAAUCGCCCCAACAGAUGUGAAAUACCGCCUGCAGCUGCUCGAGGAGGUCCCAUUGCGGAGCAAGAAUUCCAGUAUACACAAGCCUGGGUGGAGCCCAUUCGGCAAAACCCAGAGACAGUGGUUCAAGCCCUGGAAGAUGGAGAAUGCAACAGAUCCUGAGGUCCGGAGCUCCCAUUCAGGUCACACCCAGGGCAGAAGAACAACACCAAGAGGACAACUGAGACAUGUGGAGUAUGACAACCAGGAUCAGGACACCCAAGCCCUAGUGUGGAGUCAAGCCCUCUUCCCUGGUCUAGACAAGAGCAGUCAGGGAGUCAUCCAAUCCAGCCAGCACACGUCAAGGGAGAAGGAAAUGGUACCUGGUUGGUCUAUGACCCACGCACAUCAGGAGACGAGCCAGACAAGGCCUGGGAUAGCCCCCGUGGGGACAAAGAGAAGUACCAAGUUUAAUGAUGCUCCAACGGCCAGGAUGCCCUCUCUGCCACCUCUCAAGCUCCUGGAGAGAAAAGUGAAGAGUAGGUAUCCCCCCAACACAUCUGGGAUCUUCCAAGGCAGAUUACAAUCCGAACUGAGCAGCAAGCAGUUUCCCCAAGACUGGAGAGUUCAGCCCCAAGGGCGCUUGGGAAGCAAUGAAAGGCUCCUGGCGCCAUUUGAGGAUCAAGUCAGCCCGAAGGUCACUUACAUGCCCUUGUUUUCUGAAAGAGUGAAGUUUGUAAGCCCCAAAACAGUUGCAUCAAACCCAAGACAAACAUAUUCUCAACUGAGUAAGAAAAAUCAACCAGGUCAGCUCCAGAAUUUGGCCUCACAAAAAGAACAUCUGGAGAAAAGGACUGCCUGAAUAAAUUCUAGGAAAUCACAACAGAUGCCUGUAAUCCCAGCACUCCGCUGAGGCAGGACUGCUACUCAGCUUUCAGACCAGUUGCUGCCACUAGUGCAAUGUCUUGGGAUGCUAGCAGAACAAGGAUGAAUUGUUUCUUUGGGAAGGAAUGCCGUUCCAUUGUCCCAGAAGGGCAAUUGUGUUCCAGAGAAGACCUGAGAGGAAAGGUCAGUAACUUUGUAAUCAGUGAGGCAAAGCAGCCA